GUUCUUUAUUAAUCUCACUCUUCUCGCUGAGAGGAUGUUCUAAUUACGCAUCCUUGACUAGGUUUGGCGGACCAGAGGAUCCCAUCCCGGUUUGGGGUUCCUUUUUUAUCUUUCCCCUUUUCUCCGCCUCGACUCUCGAUCGUCGGCGCACUGCAAGAUCCAUCGCACCUCGCCGAAUUCGUUGCUUUCGCUUCUGAAGUUGGGCAGAUAAUGAAUAGAUCAAGCAGAGUAGCAUUGCAAGAUCUUGAGUUGAGACUUGGUCCUUCUAUAUUUAAAGGAGUCAAUUUUAUCAGGGGUUGCCCUGAAAUUAUACUGAUUGAGGAUGAUGAUGAUGAUGAUGGCAUUGAAAUCUACCCUUCUGAGCUUCGAGAUCAGGUCCCCACUGUAUUCAAGUCACUGGGAAUCUUUAAUUGGUGGAGAGGAUUUGGAGCUUCGUCUUGGAAUUGGAGCUUAUGGAGAUUUGAACUCUAAUAGAUGGGACACCAAAGUCGAAAACCCAAAUGCACAGAAAUCCAGGAAGGCAUCAAGCAGCCAAUACCCAUUUGGUAACGAAGAGGUAAAGUUGCGAUGUUCUAUAUGUAUGGACACAAUGAAGGAGGAGACAUCCACCACUUGUGGCCACAUUUUUUGCAACAGUUGCAUCACCAAUGCCAUUCACGUGCAGCGGAAAUGCCCAACCUGCCGGCUGAGUCUCUCUCUGAGCAAUAUUCACCGAAUAUACCUCCCAGGAGCAAGUUCUUGACAAUGACCGAGGGGAUUACUUAACAUCUCAAUUGAGCGUACCGCUUUGGAUCACUUUGAGACUUCUUCUAUGAGCUAGCUCCUUAGACGAUUUUGACCAUCUUCAUUGGCCCCGUAGAAGGGCUUUGUGCAUGAUGGAUUGGAAGCUGUAACGUGAGAGUAAUUGUGUAUGUUUUGUGAAUGAGAAGGCGCUAGGCGAGUUGUGGUUAGUUGUGGUUUGUUUGAACUCGACUGUAAUAAGAACCUUGACCACUGAUUGAUCUUAUCCUUGAAAGAGCCUUGAACUGGAUUGUUGAACGUUCUAAACUGUAUGUAAUGAGCCAAGCUUGAUGA